GUCAAAUUCAUGAGUAAAUGUGGAGGUUGAGAGUUGCAAGAAACUUGAGAUAAGUCGAGAUAAGCUUUUAUGUAGAGAAAAGUCAAGGAAAGGAGAGUGGGAACUUGAGACUGUCUCAAUCUCCCCAUUCUAAUGUUGUGCUAUCGUGGUCAAGGUGAUCAUCAAAAUGCUAUGCUGACACUGACUGAGGAUAAACGACUGCCUUCGUUUCUGGAUUUGCUAAAUGACACCAUUUAAGUCAUCAGUCUUUUGCCGUCAUAAUUAAAAAUGGGAAAAAUGACAUUCUUUGGGGGUGCGGUAUUUGGAGGUGUGUGCAGUCUGACUCUCUUGCUCCUUGUUUUCUGUAGCCGCUCUCCCGUGGCUGGAGAAGUUGGAGACGACCUUUCCAUCAAGUUUGAAGAGCCGUCACGAUGUAAUUUGUCCCUCAACGAGACUUUUUCAUGGAGCUCACUUGGAUGCGUCAAGUGCCAAUGGGAAGCGGAGAAUAGUCCGGAUUACUGUCAAUGUCCGUCGGGAACUGUGUGGCAACGGACGGCCAAGAGAUGCACCAAAUGUCCAGAUAACGAAAUGCUAUAUGAUGCGAAACACUGCCUCGAGUGUGGUACUGCAAAUCCCUUCAGUCUAACUCUGGGAGGGUGUAGCCCAUGCCCUGCUGGACAUAUAGAAGUCGCCUACAGUCCAGAUGGGUCCCCACUGCGGAGAUUAGAAUGUACGAAGUGCGGGGUGGGGUUUCAUCCUUCGACGUCUCAAAGACGAUGCGUCCCCUGCCACCCCUCUUUCGCCUCUGGGGAGAAUGAAAAUGGUACGUGUCGUUGUUCAGAAGUGUCUCACAGCGAGUUCGGCGGAGUAUGCUUUACACAACAGGAGCUAGAUGAUCCAUUGUUUGAUGCGAAAUCGGCCUACAAAAUAGAAUAUGACGGGUUCAAAGUGGAGUCACUCUUAUUUCGGGAGAAUCUCGCGAAGGCUUUCUAUCUUUGCAAGGGGCAACGAAACCAAACGGCGUGUCAAAUGUUGGGAAAUAUGUGCACGCUGAACCUUCACACUUACGGCGAAGACUGGACGGCAUGUCGCCUGUAUCGCAUUGUUGGUCGGCUGACCCCUCUGCCGAACCACAUACCAAAAAUUUAUUACAGUGAGGUUGAAGCACCAUCUGUCCUAAUUCGAUCGUCCACAAUUCCACAUACGCAUGACAUGCGCUAUGACCAGUCUUCGUCCGAUGUCAACAUCACCCUCUCCAAGUUCUCUUUCAAGGGUCAGUUCCUGGGACUUGCUGCAAUCGACGAUGUGAUACCUUGUCGAGAACCAAAAAAGGUGCUGCAAAUCGGGAGAAAGUUUGGGACCAAUUUUAAAGCAAAAUGUGAAAUGAAUCUGAAAGAUAUCUGGGACCAGUUUAAUGGAAAUACAAUUUUCUUGGACCCCUACGUGAGCUAUGAGGAAGUCAAAGGAAAGAACAAGCAAAUUCAAUUGUAUCCUGUUCCUAUCAAGACUCUGAAUUUUAAGCGCAAUGGAAUUAAAGUUAACACGAUGGAUGAUCAAUACCAAUGGCAGUUUGUGAGAAGGUUCUUCAUUAUUGAUACCGUUGGAUCUGUGGAACCUUCAAGUGGCGGAGACCCAAGCACAGAGACCAAAAUUCCGAAAAAUAUUCGCUAUUUAAAAAGUAUUCACAUAAGUGUUCAAUUGCAAAAUAGCAAAGAUGCUGGAAAAAUAUACGUCCCUCUGCUCACAAUGGGAUACGCGGACGCCACGCAGGAAGAGUUCAUCCGUAACGAUGUCAUCACUUUUGAUUAUUCUGUUAAUUACUUUAUGGACAUGUCUCGUUCCAUUGAGGAUGUCAAGAUUUCUAUCGGCGUCCUGAGUGCAUUAGCUGUUUUAUGGAGUGCUAUCCAAGCCUGGAGUUGGAACAGGAGGAACGGGCAACUAGAAAUUGACCUCACGACAAUUUCCAAUUUGCUAAUAACUGCAUGCGGAAAUUUGGCUGAUAUUUUCUUUAUCGUGUGUUUUGCAACAACAACAUUCUGGUUUGUCUUCUUCAAAGAACAAGUUGCAGUCCACGUAUUGCUUCCGGAUAUGUAUCAGGAGAGAUUGGUCAGGGACUUGAUAAUAUCUGCAUUUGCAUUAAAGAUUGUGGCGAUCAUAGAAUUGAUUAGAAAACAGUCCAACAUUGACAUUUUCUUUGUGGAUUGGGAGCGUCCCAAAGUGACGAGCACUGUUCAACCGAAACCAAUGGAGAGUGAGAAUAAGCCGGAUAAGCUUGGCACUGGUUUAAAUAGCGACGAGAGUGUCAGCAUUUGGAGAACGUACUUCAUCGCCAAUGAAUGGAACGAAAUUCAGACGACUCGUAAAGUGCAUAUGGCGACCCAAAUCAUUGCAACAAUCUUCUUUCUGGAGGUUCUUGGGUUCAAAUUUUGGGGACUUCAUUGGCCAAAUGACUCUGUGAAACCAGACGUUGACGUUCAAAAAUAUGUGCCAUUCAGUACAUCAGCAAGGUUUGUUGUGGGCACCGUAGUCUUUGGUUUAAUUGGGAUUCUCCAGUGUUUGUAUCGGAUUGGGUUUUACGAACGGUAUAUCAAAAAUGAAAUUCAGGAUUUUGUCGACCUCUGCACUAUGGGAAACAUUAGUGUCUUCAUACUGGCUGCGAGACAACACGGUUACUACAUUCAUGGGAGAUCUGUUCACGGGUUUGCAGACACUGAUAUGCAGACAAUGAUUGAACAACUCAGCAGGGAGGAGGAAGACUUGUGCGGUCGGAGGGGGCUACUGCCUCAAACCGAUCAACAAACAUUUCUCAUAUCUGUUCCUGGAGUAUUCCGAUCAGUUUACAGCCAAGUUUUGCAACCACUCUAUGCGAGCUCAUCUGCAUCGUCCACACUGUUCACCAAGAACCGACAACUGGGUGGGUCAAAGACUGCCACGUCGGUGGGGGGUGGAGUAGGAGUCAAGCCUUCGUCCAACAUGCUCAACCUUAGCAUCCAUGCCUACAAUUCGAUGAACCGAUUUCUCACGGCUUUUUUGGAACACGCUCUGUCCGACCUAGAUUACGACAUCAAUAACAAGACGUUUUUCGAGGGACUUUUGGACAUGGAGUUUAACGAAGUUGGGAGUGACAGAGCCGUUUUUUACACAGAUGAUGGGCAUUCUUUCGACUCGGUACUGUUCUACGGUCACGAAAGAACUCUAUUUCUCGGGGAACUGUACACCUUCAUUUUUGUGGACAUUAUUUCACACAAUUUCGUACUGGCUGGUGUUGUCGUGUUCUUGGUUGAUUUGAUGCUCAAAGCUAUUCGAAACUUCAUGGGAAAGCGAAACCUUGCGAGAAAAACUUUAAUUGAUAGCCGUUUCUUAAUUUAAUGCCAAACUCCUUGUUGCAAAAUAUACUUAUGAUAAGAAUUUAAGAGUAAAGAUUAAGUUUGUAACUUGAAUA